CAGACAAGAAAAGCAAAUAAUAUCUGCUAAAGCAGAAACAGAAGCUUGUAAAAAUUGCUAAAACUUGUAAAUUUUGUUAACAAUUUAUAACUCCUUAUAAAAUACAAAAAUAAUCUACAAAAUACAUAGUGCAAAAGGCAAAGGCUAGACAAAAUAGCGAAUCAAAUAUGUUUGGCCAUAAAUUCAUAAUAUGCACCGCAUUGCUCCUGUUGAGCAGCUCUGCUUUCUCGCAGCUUUUAAGCCUUAAAUCGGCAGAAUUUCCCGAGGUGAAAGAUCCACUUCAAUCGAGCGAUUCGACUUCCUCAACCCCUGCUGCGAUCAGCAGCACGACUACCAAGCCUAAGCCAACCAGCUCGAGCACUUCAACAACAACAACCACCACAACCACUACAACAACAACAACCACUGUGGCACCAACAACCAGCACAGAGGCACCGGUAACCACCACACCUGCUCCAGUGCCGACCACCACGCAUAAGCCACAACCGUAUCCAGCACCAACUGUGGGCUCAUGGAACUGCUCUUGCAUUAUGCUCAACAUGGCAGCUCAGCUGAACUUCACCUAUGAGACCAAGAGCGGCAACAUGACCAGUGGAUUGUACAAUGUGCCCAGCAACGCUUCUGUGGAUCAUUGUUUUUGCGACAGCCAGACCACGCAGUCCAUGCAGCUUAGCUGGAAUUCCAGCAUCUCACCAGAAUCGUUGGUCCUCCAACUGGAGAGCAAGAACAAAUCCAUUGCACUCACCAUGAUCAAAGUCAGCAUGAUGGUGCCUACAGAGGACUUCCCUGAUGCUAAGGAGAAUCAGACCGUUCAGUUGAUCCACAACAGCCCGAACACGGACUUCAAGACGCCCGAGAAGAUGUCUUACCACUGCACACGCGUCCAGAUGUUUAACAUGUCGGAGACAAUCAGCAACAAUGUGACCAUUGGCACCCUCAGCGUCAGCCAUGUGCAGGUGGAGGCGUUCCGUAGUGCAAAUGCCACUGGGUUCUCCACGGUGCACGACUGCGACAGCUCGGAGAACUCCGAUGUGGUGCCCAUUGCCGUAGGCAUUGCCCUGGCCGCCUUGAUUCUGGUCGUGCUCAUAUCGUAUCUAUGUGCGCGUCGUCGCUCCAUUUCGCGUGGCUACGUGAGCUUCUAAGCAAAAAGAGGGCAAGGAAAGCUACAGAGCGAGAAGGCAGAGAGGGAGAGGGGAAGAGAGAGAGAGAGAGAGCGAAAGCAUAUUGUGCAGAUAGGAACGGAAUAUAGGAAUGUCCAGGCAGUUGGCUGUAGUAUGCGGGAGUGAUUUAGUGCGUUGUAAUCUGAGAGAGUUGUAAGAUUGAUUUUGUAAUUGGCAGGCACUGUACGAAAGAGAGAAGGAAAUUAGACACUUGUUGUGUAACAUACAUAUAUAAUUUGUAAACGGUCCUUAUAACUAAUUGGUUUUGUUUUGUUUCUCGUCCAAAUUGAUUACGCGCGCAUAGCUGAGAGCAAAAGUUAAAUGAAAAAUAUCAAGCAAUUGAAAAUCUGUCUGUAUGUGUGAACGUGGCAUUCUUAUACUUAUCUUACUUUACUAUCCAAAUAUCAAAUGGAAUCGUUUUUUAUCACAUUUGCGACACAAACAAUUUAAUUCACAAUACGCAUAUUUAAAAAGAAAAUACAUUUUAUGAACGUGUCAACGGUGAAAGCGAGCGAACAGAAAAAUAUACGACCCUGAGGCAGGUAACGGUUAUUACGUAAAUGACAACAACAGCAACAAACGAGAGGAUAGUAGCAUUUUAAAUAAAAAUAUAUAUUGAUUUUAAAUUGUAAACAGUAAAUUAGUAAACAGCAACAAAUUAUGUAUUAUUUGCCACUUUUUGCGUAAUAAACGAUAAACCAAAAUA